UUCACAACGACAUUGUUGACCAGCAUACCUUGUCUUUACUUGUGUGAGCAAGAGAAAAAGAAAUUGAAGAGCAUGUCAGUGAGCGUGAGUGAGGUAAGGCACCAAAGGAUUAGAACUAACGGGAUAUGGAUGCACGUAGCAGAGCAAGGGAGUGGUCCUCUUGUUGUACUGCUUCAUGGUUUUCCAGAAUUUUGGUAUUCAUGGCGCCAUCAGAUCACCUACUUGGCCAACCAAGGUUACCAUGUUGUUGCUCCUGAUUUAAGGGGUUACGGUGACUCAGACUCUCCACUAAGUCCUUCCUCUUACACUCUACUUCAUCUUGUUGGUGACCUUGUUGGCCUUCUUGAUCAUUUUGGUGCACAACAGGCCUUUAUUGUGGGACAUGACUGGGGAGCUGUUGCUGGUUGGUAUCUUAGCCUUUUCAGUCCUGAGAGAGUAAAGGGUUUUGUUAGCUUUUGUGUUCCUUUCUUUCCAAGAGAUCCAAAUACUAGAUCUCUUGAAUCUUGUGUAAGAUUGUUUGGAGAUGGAUUUUACAUCUGCCAAUUCCAGGAAUCAGGAAGAGCAGAGAAAGCAUUCGCGAGAUAUGAUUAUUUAACAGUCAUGAAGAAGUUCUUGUUGAUAACAAAGACUGGUAAUCUGAUAGCUCCUAUGGGGAUGGAGAUUAUUGAUUAUUUGGAGACACCAGCUAAUUUACCUUUGUGGAUAACUGAAGAGGAACUCCAGGUCUAUGCUGAUAAAUUUCAAGAAUCUGGCUUCACUGGCGCACUUAACUACUACCGUGCUAUGGACCUGAACUGGGAGCUUCUUGCAGCAUGGGAAGGAUCUAAAGUUACCGUUCCAACAAAGUUCAUAGUGGGCGACAAAGAUAUAGGUUUUGAGAUAAAUGGUAUCAGAGAAUAUGUCACAGGAGAUUUCAAGAACUUUGUACCCAAUCUUGAAGUUGUUAUCCUAGAUGGUGGUCACCAUUUCAUUCAACAAGAGAAACCAGAAGCAGUCUCAGAGGAAAUCCUUUCUUUCCUCCGCAAGUUUGAUUAGCCGAUUUCCACUGGUUUAAGAACAGGCCUGUGGCCUGUGCCAGCCACAUGUAUGUUUAUUUUGUGUGAUUCUACCAAUUGCAACUGCCACAAUGUAUGAUAAUUUUGUAUGACUAUAAAUUGCAGCUGCCACAGAAUGGAAUAAAGUUUCGACUUUAUA